GAUCAAAACAAAUGAGUGAUUGAAUUACAGAAAUUAAAGUCAGCAAAUUGAUAUAGACAAAUUAAAACUUUUUUUGAAUUUAAAUAAAAACAUUGUGAAAGAAAAACCACAUAUUUCACGGUCAGAUUAAGGAAUUGUGCAAAAAUUUAGUUGUUCCUGUAACUGAAUAUUAUUCAGGAUUUCUAAAACUGUGAACAUAACAUGCCUAAGUUAAAAAGACAGAUCAGGAAGGGAAGAUCAGCUCCCUUUUUUCAUAUCGAGAAAGUUGAAGACACUAAAGUGAUGGGUGCAGAUCCAAAUGAUGUAGAAAUAAGUGGGCAAACUGCAUUACAUCUUGCCAGUGCAUCUGGACAUCUAGAGAUAGCUGAAUUAUUGAUAUCAUUUGGCGCUAACUUGAACGCCAUGGAUCAAAAUUUCAGUACACCUCUCCAUUUGGCAGUGGAAAAUGAGAACGCAGCAAUGGUGGAUCUUUUGAUGAAGUCAGGAGCAAAUAUCGAACUAAACAACAGUUAUGGUUGCACACCGUUUGAAUUGGAAGGGGCAAAACAUCCUGAAAUAAGGAAAGUGCUACUAAGACAAGAGGAAUUAAUUUCUGCUAUAGUGGAUACAAAUAUCACUCAAGUGGAAAAGUUAUUCAAUAUUUACAACGUCAAUAGUAGGGUAGAAAAAAGCCUAUGGACACCUCUUCAUUUUGCUAUUUUGUUUACUGACCUAGCUUUAAUAGAGUUGCUACUGAAAUUUGGAGCAGAUGUUAAUGCCAUGGAUAUCGAAUGUAUGACUCCUUCACACUUAGCAGUAGAAAUAGUAAAUGUAGACGUAGUUUUCCUAUUGUUGCGAAAUGGUGCCAAUGUGAACGUAAAAAAUGAAAAACGCACUAAUGCUCUGAUUAUAGCUCGACAGCUGCAGCGACAAGAGAUUUAUCGAAUGCUGGUAUCUACUAUAUGGCAAUAAAAGUAGUUCUUUGGAGAAUGAGCCUAUCCAGUUGGGUGCAUCAUAUGUAUAAGAUGAAAGAUGACCCCAAAUAAAAAGAAUUGAUAUACUUAUAUACUUGAUUUCCAAAAACAUCAAGAAUUUUUGGAUCAAUUCCACUCGAUGAAGGUAUUGUAGUUACCUGCUACCAUUUUGCUAGAACUAUUUGAAAAAAGCACCAUCAAGGGAUGCGAUGGACGAAGAAGAAGCCUCUGUACCAUAAGUUUCUUCUAAUUAUAAC